UCAAAUUAUGUCCACCAAAACAAUUUCAGAUACCACCUUCACUUUUUUGGCGAAAGUUAGUUCCGAACGUCACCACCACGUGGCGAUAGCGUCGCGAAAUGGCAGUCAGCUGUUGCGCGCGGGCUGUGGCAUUUUCUUGCUGGAGAGGAAAUUGAAGGUGUCUGCGUUCUGCUGUGUGGCUUGUGUCGUGGCUUGUGUCCUGUUUGUUUUAAUAUUCAAGACACAAAAAGCAACCGAGAUAAAGAAAAGGAGGAGAGAGGCAGCUAAGGAGAAUAUGAGGAGGACUAUAGUGACGUUCGACUGCCUGCUGUACUUUGGUCCACACUGUGCGGAACUCCGCCGCAAAGUCAGGCCCAGGGUAGUCCAGCUCAGGAAGUUGACAGGACGCUCGUGGGGUCUGGAGGAGCGGCAACUAAGGACGGUAGCAAAGGUUACGUCAGGAGGGGGGGGGGGCGCUCUGCAGCCGCCUGGCUGCCGUCGAUCCCCCCCCCCCCCAGCACACGUGGAGCUCAUAGCAAGAGAGUUGCGCGCCGCGGCCCGUGCUGUGGGAUGGCACCGAGGGAUCGAGAGAGGUGGAACUGGCUGCGCUCUCAGCGGCGGGGGCCCGAGACGUCCCAGUGGAGGCCCGCCUUCAUCACUCCCUGCCGCCGUGGACCGACAGCACUCGGAUUCUACCUGGACCUCGGUCCGCGGGCCAGCCGCGCGGCACCUUAGAGACCCGCCGUGCCGUGGCGGAGGAGCGCAUUCGAGAGCUCCCACCCGAGGCCGUAUGGGUCUGGUCGGACGGCUCGGCGGAGGGUGGCGUGGAGAACUUCAGCAUGGCGGCGCGCUGCUGGCGGCUCUGGAGGCGGCCGCCGAGCUGCCGGGCUGCAGAGGAGUGCCUGUAGUCGCUUGUCUUGACUCGAAGGCGGCUCUGCUGCUCCUGGCGCUGCGGCCCAGGCUUCGAUACUGGGCGCUAGGCUGUGAACCCAGCUCCAGCGCGUGACGGCCGACGGCAGCACGGUUACGCUGCAAUGGGUCCCGGCCCACUCUGGACUCGCCGGUAAUGAAAGAGCGGACGCCCUGGCCAAGGAGGCCGCCGCUGUGCUCCAGCAGUCAACCCCGGUUGAUGUCCGCACCCUCACGCGGGUUGUCCCGCGGUCCACCAGGAGGAAGUGGCGGGCGGAUUGGCCAGCCGACUGGUACCGCUAACCGCACCGUCAUGGGGGGCCGCGCCCCCGCCCCGGUCCGGACCGCCACCAGGGAAGAGGCCGUCGACUUACAUUACCUCCACCGGAUUGGACGAAGAUCAUCGCCUGAGUGCGCCCAAUGCAAAGACAAAGAGUGUCCAGCGGGCCGCUGACUGGUCUGCUCUGAAGCAGCGGACACCCCGGCGCACGUGCUGCUGGUGUGCCCGUGCCUGUACGGCCCCCGGCUCCGUGCGCUGGGCAACAUAAUCGGCGCGGCCCACGACGUCCGCCGCGACGAUGUGGUGGCGGCCUUGGCCGCUGGCUACAUGGACCACAAGAGCUGAUUACCGACUACGCUACCGCUCCGUCGGUAGCCGGGGGGAAACAACAACAACAGCUGGUUGAUGAGUUGAGAGCAUUGACAGACCCAGUGUCUCCACUUUGGUUGAUGCGGGACCUUUAGAGUUCUGGUAAACUCAAACAAGUCGUAGAUCCGCGGCAUGUGGGUCUUUUGUUUUGUUCCUGUGUUUCAUGCUAUUGAAAUAAAUGGCUGACGUUCACUUCAGGGUUUAUAUUUGCACACACAAAAAGUCGUUUGUUAUUUUAAC